CUAAGCCACAAUGACAUAUGACAUCGUGACGACGCAUAGAGGCUCAGCAUCGGCUUACAACUACCUACUUCCAAUUUGCUUUUUUAGCAAAGAUGCUCUUACUGUUGUCGAUAUGCGGUAGAAUAACUUGGGAUUAGUUAGGUACCUAGCUGCUAGUUACGCUAGUUACUGGCAAUGGCUCCAUUGCCUCAUAAUGUUCUUCGGACGACCCGCUUCAACCCGCCAUUGAUCGAUUCAAUAUCCCUUCGGGCGCCGAGACCUCCGCCAAACGAAACAUAUUCAACAUCAUUACAACCUUCAAAUCUUUGUUUUCUUACGCAGUUCAUAUAAGUAUUUCACAAUGUCGAUACGAAUAGCGCUCGACAACCCGCCCGAGUUCUAUACGAACCUCGACUACAUUAGCGGCCGAGUCAUCUUGGGCUUAUACCGGCCCGAAACCAUUGGCAAUGUCAUCGUCAAGCUUGAGGGUGAGUCGCGUACCGCCCUAGCUCUACCAGCGACGGGCGACCACGAAGACUACCACCGACCCCGUGCUCCUGGUGCUGGUAGCGUUGGCAAUAUCGUUACCGAGAGCCACAAGAUUCUAUACCGCGUCUUUCAGGCCUACUCAGACGACGGCGCUGCGCUACCUCUCCAGCCCGGCCAGCAUGAAUUCAAGUUCAACUUUAAGCUCCCCCUCAACAAUAUCUGUCACAACGAAAAGGCCAUGGGCGCCCUGUUGGGCUUAGGUGGUCUAGGGAAUGGGUUUCGUACUAUGGACGGCACAAAACAGCUCAUGUUGCAGCACGUUAAGGCUACUCUGCCACCUUCGCUCACGGGCUUCCCUCAGGAGGCCGAAAUCCGAUACUAUAUUAAGGUUACUAUACAACGCCCAGGAUUCUUCAGGGAGAACUGGCGAUAUCAAAUCGGCUUCAAGUUCUUGCCCGUCGAGCUACCCCGGCCGCCGAAAACUGACCGGGAGGCCUUCGCCCGCAGGCCCUUUACUUUUAGACCACGCGCCCCAACCCACCAGAGGAGAUCCCUCCUUGGUGGCAGAUCAUCAACAGCGAGCCCGCUAGAAGACCCCAACCAAAUGCCGCCCUCGAUCGAAAUGUCAGCGCGGCUACCAUUUCCCAGCAUCUUAACAUGUAACGAACCCUUACCCCUCCGGCUGAUCGCUCGGAAACUGGUGCCGACGACGACUCCGGGCCAGCAGGUGUACUUAACGGCGCUCGAGAUAGUUCUGGUUGGGUACACACUUGUCCGAGCGCACCAACUCGAAAAUACAGAACGUACAUCAUGGGUCAUCCUCUCCGCUCCGCAAGUCUCCCCUCCAAUCGCACUUUUCAACAACCCCGCCGACUUCGUCGGCACCGAAUUCGAAGUUCCCCCCACCCUCUGGAAAGACCGACGUCUCCCCAACACCAUCGCACCAUCCUUCCGGACAUGCAACCUCGCGCGGCGCUACGAGAUCGAAAUCAAAUUAACGCUAAGCUGGGGCCAACCCCUCCCUCCCUCCAACCCCUUUUCAAGCCACAAGCAGGUACCGCAAUCUAUCACUCUUCCCCUGAAACUCUCCAAAGUCGAUGUGUUCUCGGGAAUUCCCCCACCGCGAGAGCUCUUGAAUGCUCCCGCCGCCAACAGUUUUUCACCCCCACCACAACUACCCCAAAGACCAACGCCUCAGCAGCAGCCACCGCAGCCACCGCAGCGUCUGAAUGUCAUCCCCAACCCCCUGUAUCCUCCGCAGCUAGGCACUACUGGUGCAGCUAUGUUCGAAGACGCACCGCCCAGCUACGACGAGGCGAUGGCGGAUUCACUUGCCGGGCCCGCAGCGCGGCCCGCGUACAGCGGUGUCACGGCUGAGAACGCACCUAGUACGAUGCCCCCUGAGAAGUCAUGAUCGCCGUGACCGGUACGGUAUAGGUUUAUGUGGUGUUGUAUGUUAUGGGCGGAUAUGUAUUGGGUACAUACGGUAUGCAACGGAUUACAAGGGGGAGUAAAAGCGGGUUCAUUAUAAUGUACAAUUACUCGGGCGUUGGCACAUGAUAAAAAACGGGAACAGCGAAACGAAGCGAGGGAGCGACGGAUGAUACCCCUCGGAUUACUUGGUUGGUACGAAUACGUCUUUUGUCGUAGCGUUUAUGGAGUAGAUGUUGGCGUGGCAGCCUUGUAUAAGUACCCAAGAUAGAUAGAUGGUUAUGAAAGGUUGAUAGCGGUUAGGGAUUUAAUGAUUAAUACGGUUUAGCACAUUUAAGAUUGGU